AUGGGGGACAUGAGCUGCUUGUUGUGUAAUCAUGAUCAUGAAGAUGGAGUACACUUACUGGGGAAUUGUCCCUACGCUCAAGAGGCUUGGAUAGCAGCAUCUUUACAGCCAGUUGUUGGGACUACAAAUAUGAAGGAUCACGUGCUUGCUAUAUCUCAAAGUGUGCCAAAGGAAAAAUUUGCGCAGGUUCUCAUGGUCUUAUGGUCUAUAUGGACAAACAUGAAUUCUCAAUUAUGGGAGAACAAAAGGCAUAGGCCCAUGGAUGCAGUUUUAUUGAACUUUGGUUGGCAUAACGACUUCAUCAAGACUAAUGGUAGUGAGGCCGCUGCUCAACCACAUCAGAUUAUGCAUUGGAUUAAACCGGAACUAGGCUGGGUUAAAUGUAACAGUGACGGUGCAUUCAUUUCAGGCACACGAAGAGGAGGUUGUGGUGUGGUUAUAAGGAAUGAGUCGGGUGAUUUCAUGGCAGGGGCUCCUAAACCUUGUCGCCAAUGGACUUCAUCUUUCCAUGUAGAAUUGUUGGCUCUUCUUGAAGGUAUGAAAUUGGCAGAAACUUUGAAUUAUCCCAAAAUCAUCUUUGAAACCGAUUGUCUAUUACUUGUGCAUGCUUUGAAUCAAGAGACAGCUGAUAUAUCAAGCCUUGGUCUUAUUCUUGCUGAGGCUAAGGAGAUUAUGAAUAGGCAUUAG